AUGGAGAAACAUACACCAGAUUUCCAUGACAGAUACGGUAAUGCUGUAUUAGUUGGUGGAGCCACAUUCUGUAUUGCUAUAUGGACAUAUACAGCAACACAAAUUGGAAUAGAUUGGAACCUUUCCCCUGUUGGCAGAGUCACCCCAAAGGACUGGAGAGAUCAGCAAUCAUGCCAGCUGAUGUAA